CUGAAUACAGCGUCCAGUAUAGCGACAAUGGUAUCACGUGGCAAGAUAUCAAGGACAGUGCCGGACACGUGAAGCUAUUUACCGGAAAUACUGACGAUUGGAGUCUGGCCAUGUCGAUCCUUGAUACCUCAAUCGUCGCUACAUACAUCCGGGUAACCCCUACAACUUGGACCAAUUAUCGGGCUUUUCGUCUUGAAAUCCUAGGAUGUCCCAUUCUCCAGUCUGGACUACACCAGACGUGUUGGAGUGUAAACUACGUCGCAUGGAUCCCCAUUCAUGGUAUAUUCAGCACAAUAAGGACCAACAUGGGCGAGUGUGGAAAGGAGUGUCACGUACGUGAAGCAUGUCAGGCUUUCAUCUUCAACCAUGAAUCUGGUCAAUGUCAAGGUUAUUCUCCUUCGUCCGUUGAAAAUGCAACAGAAGUUGCAACGACUGAUGAACACAACAUGAUUCGAGUGUUUAUGAAGCGGACAGAUUGUGUUUAA